UAAAUGAUAAUUGCUUGUCAGUUAGUCAGUCCUCAGUUCGUCACGUUUUAAUUUAUUGUAAAUAAAGAGUUAAGACUCGUUUGUUUUUAAUAAAACAAAACCGAAGCUUUGAAUUUGCUGAGUUACAAAAUUAUAUGCAGAAUGAAUAAGAGUAUGAGAAAGUUUAUUGAUAUUGGCGCAAAUCUAACUGAUGCUAUGUAUCAAGGAGUCUAUCAUGGCUCUAAAAAACAUCAGCCUGAUCUAACUCAAGUGUUAGAACGUGCUUGGGGCAGCGGCGUUCAAUCAAUGAUCAUAACUGGUGGAAACUUAGAUGAUAGUAAGAAGGCUCUUGAGCUUGCCCAAACCGAUUCUAGACUGUUUUCAACAGUCGGAUGUCACCCUACCAGGUGUAAUGAUUUUGCGGAAGAUUCCAGUCAAUACUUAAAUAACCUGAGUGAGUUGAUAAGAAAUAAUAGAAACAAGGUGGUUGCUAUUGGAGAAUGUGGAUUAGAUUAUGACAGGACAAAUUUUUGUGAGAAAGAUAUACAACUCAAAUAUUUUGAGCAUCAGUUACAAUUAUGCAAUGAACACAAGUUGCCCUUGUUCCUACACUGCCGAGCUGCUGCCGAUGAUUUAGUAGUAAUAUUGAACAGAAAUAGAGACUCUUUACAUGGUGGUGUUGUCCAUUCGUUUGAUGGCAAUCAAGAUGCAUUAAAUAAGAUAUUAGAUCUUGGAUUGUAUAUUGGCAUAAAUGGUUGUUCUCUAAGAACCGAAGAAAAUUUAGAAGUGGCAUCAAAAAUACCAACAGAAAGACUGUUAAUUGAGACGGAUUGUCCAUGGUGUGAAGUGAAGCCAACACAUCCUGGAUAUAAACAUGUUCUCACUAAGUUUCCUUCAGUUAAAAAGGAAAAGUUUACUCCAGGAAGCCAAGUGAAGGGAAGAAAUGAACCUGUUAAUAUUGUGCAAGUACUUGAAGUGUUAGCGGCAAUAAGAAAUGAAGAUAUUAAUCAAUUAUCUGAAGCUAUUUAUGAAAACACGAAUAAGUUAUUUUUUUGUAAUAUGUCUUCAUAAUAUUUUUAUUGUUGAUAUAAGUUUAAGUGUUAUCUCAUGUUCUUAAAAUAUAUACAUAAUAAAUACUUAUCACUGAACAAA